AAAAAUGUACUCGUUAAACAUUUUGCUUGUAUUCACUAUUUUGUGUUUUGCAGUCUCACAGGCUACAUUUUUAGGGGGAAUAUUGAUUUAUCCAGGAACCAAAUGGUGUGGAGCUUCAAAUAAAGCCGCCAAUGACAAUGAUUUCGGUACAGAAAUUGCAACCGAUAAAUGCUGUCAAGCUCACGAUAAAUGUCCAGAUGUUGUAAAAGGUUUUGGUACGAAGGGCAAUUUAAGAAAUCCAAACUUCUACACAAGGUUGAACUGCAACUGCGACAAACAAUUUUAUGUUUGUUUGAAGAAGGCAAAUACUAAAGCGUCAAAUGAAAUAGGAAAUAUAUACUUUAACAAGCUCCACACCAAGUGCUUUACUGGACAAGGAAAGUCAUACAAGUGGGAAGACGAGCAACAUUAUUAA